AUCGUACGGGACCGACUGCUGCUGCUGCUACUGCUUCCUUCAAGCUCUAUCUCUGCUCACUCUCUACUAUUUCUUUUCUUUUUCCUUUAUACUGUACUUGUCCGACUCCCCCCUCUCUCUCUCUUUCUCUCUCUCUCUCUCUCUCUGUCUCUCUCUCUGGCUGUGUGCUCCUUGCUGCUCAGAUCAGGGUUGUACACUGUCGGGGUUCAGGGGGUUUGUGUUGUGAGAUAGAGGAGGGAACAUGCAGCAUCCUGGAGGAACAUGCGUGGCGUUACCCAAUGUGGACGCCUGUCCUCAGCUGUCCUGCGCCGCCCUCACAUUCAUGUAUUUACAGCAGGGUAACCAGGACACACCGGCACCCCCGGACCCAUCCAUGGCCCAAGCUUACCCAACAGCCCAGUUUGCCCCUCCUCCCCAGAAUGGUAUUCCAGCUGAGUUUACGGCUUCACAUCCCCACCCACACCCACAUUCCCACCCGCAUCCUCACCAGCACCCGGCAGCACCGCAGGACUACACCGGUGUCCAGGCCUCCGUCAGUGAGCAUCCACUCAACAUUUACCAGUCUUCACAGAGCCACAGCGAGCAGAGCGGGUCAGACUCCAGCAGUCAAACGGUCACCGGCACAGCCACACAGACAGAUGACACUGCUCAGACAGAGAGUCAGCCUCCGACACAGACUGCACCUGAAAGCACAGACAGCAAGACUCAGCCCAAGAGACUUCAUGUGUCCAACAUCCCCUUCAGGUUCAGAGACCCAGACCUCAGGCAAAUGUUUGGCCAAUUUGGCAAAAUCUUAGAUGUGGAAAUCAUCUUCAACGAGCGUGGCUCUAAGGGUUUUGGGUUCGUAACAUUCGAACAUAGCGUGGACGCCGACAGGGCCAGGGAGAAAUUACAUGGCACCGUGGUAGAAGGCCGUAAAAUAGAGGUCAACAAUGCAACAGCUCGAGUAAUGACAAAUAAGAAGACUGUCAACCCAUAUGCAAAUGGCUGGAAGUUAAAUCCAGUGGUCAGUGCUGUCUACAGCCCAGAAUUCUAUGCAGUCCCAGGUUUUCCCUACCCAGCAGCCAGUGCAGCAGCAGCAGCGGCGUACAGAGGAGCCCACCUACGGGGUCGAGGUCGCACCGUCUACAACACGUUCAGGGCAGCCACUCCAUCGCCCCACAUCCCAGCGUAUGGAGGUGUUGUUUACCAGGAUGGAUUUUAUGGUGCAGAUAUUUAUGGUGGUUACGCUGCCUACAGAUAUGCCCAGCCUACUGCUGCCACAACUGCUGCAUACAGUGACAGUUAUGGACGAGUAUAUGCUGCCGACCCCUACAACAACACAUUCACUCCAGCAGCCACAUACAGCGUUGGUGCCAUGAACGCCUUCGCUCCUCUGACGGACGCCAAAACCCGGAGCCAUGCAGAUGACGUGGGGCUGGUGUUGUCGUCUCUUCAGGCCAGUAUAUACCGGGGAGGGUACAGCCGCUUCGCACCCUAUUAGCAACACCUUCAACCUAAUAUUCAACCUUCCGACAGGACAGACAGAAAGUGUGUGUGUGCACGAUUGUGUGAGCGAAUGAGAUCAACGAAGAGUUAUCGGAGGAGAGACGUUACUGAGGCCUGGGUAUUGCAAUACAUGCAGUUUGUGCAUCAUUUCAGCAUCUCCUAAGAGAGAAGUAAAAAAAAAACAAAAAAAAACAAAAGAAUAAGAAUAAAAUGACAGCUGAUAUUUUUCAUCUUAUACCUCAGAUAUUUGUGCUGUGUAUUUUGAUAUUGUGGGUUUUUAAUUUCUAAAGAUUUAAACAUAGAUUAUCAGCUGUAAAGGUUUUUUCCAUGGUACUAAUAGAAAGCUACUAGGGUAACAAUUAGGACACAGGAAAUAUUUAUCAGAUUCAAACUGUUAGGGCUUGUAUAGAACUCCAACCCUGUAAGAUAGGUCAUAGUCACAAUUUGGGGGUUUUAUGUAUUAUGUAAGAGUGUUCUAGUGACUAUGCUAGUCAAGUGUUUGUUGUUUUCUUCUCUCAGCUUUCUCCUGCACUUCCUCUGUGAGUUUAGCAACGAUAGCGUUUUUACUUUGGUUUGGGAGGAAGUCAAGAGAGCCUAGAAAACAUCGACAAAAAAAAAUAAGUUCUUUUGUACCGUUUUUAUGGCACAUGGUGAUAAAUUCGAAGCUGAGAGCAGACGUGACUAUAUUCUUUGGAAAAUUUGUUCCGAUGCAAAAAAAAAAAAAUUGUUUUUUCAUU